UGGUUUGCAGCUGUCUGUGCAUUUAUUUAUUUACUUCUGAAUUAGUUCUGCAACGACACAAGAAUAAAUUGAAUGCAAUAUGUCCGAAAAAGACAGUAAAAGUGAAAAUGAUGACUCCAAAAACACACAGACGGUCGAGAAACCUUUGGACGAAGCACAAAUCAAAGUUAACAACAUGCUAAAAGAUCGCUUACGGAAGUACAUCAAAAAGUUGGACGACACAAACACUAGCAUCACUAAGGAGGAAAGUAGGAAAAUAGAAAUAGAAACUUUCAAACAGCUAUACAAGCCGAAAAUAGAAGGAGACGAAGAGUCUUACAAGAAAAUACCUAAGUUUUACUACAAACUUCCUCGUCCCGACGAGGUGUUGGCUCAAAAGCUGAGAGAGGAGACUCGGGCGCAGUUCCUGCAGAAGAAAAGUAAGGAGUUGUUGGACAACAGUGAGCUGAAGCACCUCUGGAGUCUGCUGGAGAAGUCUAAUGGUAGCUACAGCACGUCUAACAAUGAUGAGCUGAUGAUAGACUACUUCCAGUUUAAAAAGAUCAGGGAUGAGGCUGGGCCCAAGUACAGGCCAUACUUCACAGCGGAAGUGUUCGGCCGGCUGCAGGCGGCGGAGGGCGGCGCGGGGCGCGUGCGGGGCGUGUCGCUCUUCAACUACGUCAUGCGACGCGUGUGGCUGCAACAGACGCGUAUCGGCCUCUCGCUCUACGACGUCACCGGGCAGGGCUACCUCACCGAACAUGACCUGGAGAGCUACAUCGCCGAGCUAGUCCCAUCUCUAGCAGCACUAGACGGUCUAGACUCCUCGUUCAGCUCGUUCUACGUGUGCACGGCGGCGCGCAAGUUCCUGUUCUUCCUGGACCCGCUGCGCGUGGGCCGCGUUAGGAUACGGGACGUGCUGUCCUGCUCAUUCCUGGACGAUUUGCUUGAAUUGCGCGAGGAAGACCUGCCGAUGGAGCUGCAGGAGCAGAACUGGUUCAGCGCGGCCUCCGCCCUGCGCGUGUACGGGCAGUACCUCAACCUGGACCGCGACCACAACGGCAUGCUGUCCAUCUCGGAGCUGGCUGGCUAUGGCUCCGGCACCCUAACCCGCGCGUUCCUCCAACGCGUGUUCCAACAGUGCCUAACCUACGACGGCGAGAUGGACUACAAGACCUACCUGGAACUAGUGCUGGCCCUGGAGAACAGGAGGCAGCCCGCCGCGCUCGCCUACCUGUUCCGCCUGCUCGACAUCAACUCGCAGGGCUACCUGGACAAGUUCACGCUCAACUACUUCUUCAAGGCCAUCCAGGAGCAGAUGGUGGCGCACGGCGCGGAGCCGGUCAACUUCGAGGACGUGAAGGACGAGAUCUUCGACAUGAUCCGCCCGGAGCACCCCUCGCGCAUCACCCUGCAGGACCUCAUACGCAGCGGUCACGGGCACACGGCGGUGUCUAUCCUGCUGGAGCUGCACGGGUUCUGGGCGUACGAGAACCGCGAGGCGCUGGCCGCCGCGCCCGACCACUCCUGACAGGGCGCCGCGCACCCCGUCGUCGACGAGAAGAGGUUCUACGUCAUCUAGAGAGGUUCUACGUCAUCUAGAGAGGUUCUACGUCAUCUAGAGAGGUUCUACGUCAUCUAGAGAGGUUCUACGUCAUCUAGAGAGGUUCUACGUCAUCUAGAGAGGUUCUACGUCAUCUAGACAAGUUGUACCUCUUGUCAAGACGAGCUACUUACAGUAUUAGAUCUAAAAAGAUUCUACAUCAUGUAAGGAGGUUCAACGUACUCUAAAUUAUAAAUUGCCGUCCCCGACCACUCCUGACAGGGCGCCGUCUGCCCCGUGGUUGAUGAGAAGUUCUACGUCAUCUAGAGAGGUUCUACUCGUACACACUCGUGAGAGGUUCUACCUCUUGUAGAGAGGUUCUACCUCUUGUACAGAGGUUAUACUUCAUCAAAAGGUGUCAUGUUGGGAAUGAAGAGAUUUUACAUCGUCUAAACUUCUAAAGGAUCAUUUUAGUUUCUGCUGAAGUAUCUCACAAAAGACAAUUUUAGGUUUAGGAGUUUCUUUUUCUAUGAUAAAAGGACUCAAAAAACUUUGUAAAAUGCAGCAAGAUUAAUGAUGUAGAAAGAACAUUCAUAGGCGAAAUAGGUUAUAUGUAAUGUAAGGUACUAUGUAAUCAAAAUUAUGAAGUUUUAGACUGUAGAAAUCUUCAUGCUAUACAUGUUGCAAGACCCCGAACCACUGGUCGAAAAAAGAG